AUGGCUGCCACAACGCUCACCGCUGAUGAUGGGAAACCCUUCGCGCUCGACGAGUGCACCGCCACUGUCGACAUUGACAAUGACUACUAUGAACAUCCGGGCGUCGUGAAGCGCAUUUCCCUCAAAGUGAAGCAUCCUGUGCAGACCCGUGCUGUCCUGGGCGACACUACCACCGCCGCCCCCACCAAUGGUGAAGAGGAGUGGUUGGACGACAUCGACCUCAGCGAUGACACAGUCGCGUCCGUAACCGCGCUACAGAUCAACCGCGCACGUUGCAGGGGCAGCUUCCUGGAGGUGAUGGACGACAUGUCUCAGGAGCUGCACGAGUUCUCUGUCGCUCUCUUCAACAAGUUCGGGCACCUCAAACCCGAGCUUGUCGAACACGAGUACCACCGCGGCUCCGGUUGCUGGGGGCGCGAGAUGGACAAUAACAUGCUCGUGUACAUCGAAUCUGUCGAGGUAAAACCUCAGUUCCGUAACAAGGGCGUAGGCUCCUGGGCACUGCGGAAGCUUAGCGAGCGUUUCGCGACACACGCAGACUUCGUCGUCUGCUGGCCGACCCCUAUCGAACGCAUCCUCGAGAAGUCAGCAUGGGAAGCGCAGAAAAACAAGAUCAUCGAUUUCUUCCGCAAGAAUGACUUCCGACGCGUAGGGCGUACUGAUUUCUUCGCAUACUCACCUAACCCGCAACAUCCCUCGCGUUCGCUCGCAGCAACAGAUGACGUCGCAGGGCACGAGUAUGCCACAGAUGAGAGCGAGGACCCAGCUACGGAGGCACGCGUGCUGGAUUUCCUCCUUACGGGCGGGCAAUUGGAGGCACAGCGAGAGCGCGACGCGCAGCACCAGGAGCGCUAUCCCGUGCACCAUGCUAUCGCUAAGAGCCUGCAUCCCGGUGGCGGCGCUCCGAUCGGAGACACUAUUCGCACCGCGUACUCAGUAGACCACGCGUCCGUCCGCAAGAAGGACGACAACGGGAUCUCCCCGCUGCACCUCGCCGCUGGCCUGCUGAGCCUUCCGGCGGUAGAGGCACUGCUCGCACUCCCUGAAGAGAGCGGAGUGCGUGAAGAUCUUACGCUGAGGGACAACAAGGAUGGUGUGACACCGCUCGAGGCAUGCGAGCACAUGAUGCGCUCAACGAAGGAGUUUUCCGAGACGAUGCUCGGCGUGUGGAACGGCCACCAGGACGAGGGGUUGAAGAUCGCCGCGACGUUAAGGCGAGCUGCGGGCGAGCAGGUGGGUACGGACGACGAGUACAUUCGCCAGCGCAAGUGGGGAUGCACGUGUGGGCAGUGUGCCGACGGGUGGCUUUCACCGCGCAUGCGCUACCGUUUGGAAUGUGCGGCGGAGCUGGACAAGGAUAUGAUGGAGACAAUGCGCCCACAGUUCCGGAGGGGCCGACCGCUGUCCCUUCUCACCAUCCUCGGGGAUAGCAUCGCGCUGAACUACGUUCCGCAGUAUCUGUGGGGCGUGAUCGACCGAGCGUUCUACGACGGCUUGCAGCUCGUGUUCCAGGAAAUCGCAGAUGUGCUUAAGCAGGGCGCAAUCCCGAGCCCACAGCACGUGAGGCAGCGUGUGGAGGCUGUUGCGCAGAGGUUCUUUGCGGAGGACGGACGUGUUGAGUAUGCGUUGGACUUCGUCACGCAAGGGGCGCUCGAGCAGAGCCCGCUCGGCGACGCCACGUGGGAUGAGAUGGUGGAGGACGAUCUUGCAGAGCGGCACGAUGGCGUGUGGGAGGCGUGGCGCAGCUUGCCCCAGUGUGCGAAUGAUCUGGAGUUUGGGAUGGUCAGGGAGAGGCUAGGCCUCUCGGGCAGGCAGCGGUGGGGUCCGUAUUUGGGCGGGGACGACCACGACGAGGACAUGGAUGGUGACGAUGACGGCGAUGACGACGAGAUGGGUGAGGAGGAGGAUGAAGCUUGA